CUGCAGUUUCUUACCAUAUUCUUAUUCAAUUCUGAUCUAAUUCCUUGGAUUUGGAGAUCAGUCUUCCCCUCCUUAAUUUCCUCAUAGGGUCGACAUGGGUUGCCAAGAUGAGCCUUUGGUUCAACAAGUCCGCGAGUUGUUUGAGCAAAUCUCAAGCCUCAAGAGCCUCAAACCCUCCAAAGAUGUCAACAUGCUCUUCACCCAACUCGUGCUCACAUGCAUGCCACCAAGUCCAAUUGAUGUAACCAAGCUGUGUAAUAGGGUGCAAGAAAUGAGGUCAAAACUCAUUAGGCUUUGUGGGGAGGCUGAGGGACUUUUGGAGAGCCAUUUCUCUACCAUCUUAGGUUCCUAUGAAAACCCUCUUGACCAUCUCCAUAUUUUUCCUUACUAUUCUAAUUACCUCAAACUUAGCCUCCUUGAAUUCACCAUCCUUACCCAACAAUAUUGCACCCAAUAUCAUGUCCCUAACAAAGUUGCCUUUGUGGGCUCUGGUCCCCUUCCCCUAACAUCAAUUGUCUUGGCCUCCAAUCACCUCACCACCACCACCUUUCACAAUUAUGAUAUCGACCCUUUAGCCAAUUCAAUGGCCGUUCGUUUAGUUUCAUCUGAUCCUGACCUUUCAAAAAGAAUGUUCUUCCACACCAACGAUAUCAUGAAUGUAACAACUGCUUUAAAAGAUUACGAAGUGGUUUUCUUGGCUGCUCUUGUGGGCAUGGACCAGGAGGAAAAGGUCCGAGUCAUCGAUCAUUUGGCCAAGUACAUGGCUCCAGGAGCUCUUUUAAUGCUGAGGAGUGCGCAUGGUGCUCGUGCUUUUCUCUAUCCGGUGGUUGAUCCUUGUGAUCUUCGUGGAUUUGAGGUUCUUUCGGUGUUUCAUCCCUCUGAUGAGGUUGUUAAUUCAGUUGUCAUUGCACGUAAAUACCCAAUGCCUACACACUCACUUGAGCAGCAGAGUCUUGGCCCCAUGAUAUUGCCUACUUGCAAGUGUUCUGAAAUUCAAGCCUUCAACCCUUUCAACCACGGCAACAUGAUUGAGGACUUCUCCAUUGAUGAGCGCCAACUUUCUUAAAGUCCUUAAAUCUCACCAAGAAUUACUCUUGUCUAUGAAGUUAUAAUAUAAGGGUAUUGAGACAUUCAAUAUUGCUUCUAUCAUAUGUUCGUUGCAAUAUGUCUAACUUGUUUACAUACCCACUCGAAGCAUGUUUCUAUUUUGUCAUGUACUUCUAGCAUCUUUAAAUAAAAAGGUUUAAAUGUGUGUUUCAGAA